AUGGAUGAUAUAAAAUACGAAGACAAUUUAAGUAAUGUUAACACUUUUAAAAUCAAUUCCAACUUAAUUAAUGAAAGUACUAGAAGUCUUAAAACUAAAAACUACAACGUUCUGGACAAUAUAACUAUUCUUGAAGUUAAAACCAAUUUGCAAGACGAAAAUAUUAUUAAGAUUAAUCAAGGUUUUGAAGCCAGUAUCUAUAAACCAAAUAACAGAUUAAAUAAUGAAUCAAAUAACAAAGUGAAUAAUAACUUAGACCUAAAAAGUUAUCCAAAUAGAGACUUGGCUAAUAUGAAUAACAGCAAAGUUAAUAAUAAACUAGAUAAUAAACUGAAUAACAAUGAACUGAAUAAUGAGCUGAAUAAUGAGCUGAAUAAUGAACUGAAUGAUGAUAUUAGCAGUAAUCUGAAUGAUAUUCGAUGA